CGAUCGGAUGAUCGCGCAGUAACACACUCCAACGACGCACAAUCUCGAGUCUCAUCCUCGCCUCAAUAUCUGUCGUGGUGAUCAAGUCCGGUGACUAGUGUCCACCCAGGGAGUCCACACGGUGUAUUCAAAACGUUCCCCUGUUAGCCUGGUAAGAAUCAGGAGGGGCUGCAGAAGAGGGUGCGCCGUACCGGGCGCGCAAGCGUGAUAUCGGUACCCGCCCGAGGGUGAAGUGAUAAUUGAUGGUCUACGACUGUCUGUGGCAGUGCCGGUGGCGCUCACUCGCUCGCGAUCUGAAAGGCAACCCCAAGAACGUACCCGUACCAGUGUCUGAUCGUUGCUCAUUUGAGGUGGAAGGUGCCGUAUGCCGUGCGCUCCGUAUCUACUAGCGUGUGACUUCAAGUGACGAAUCCGGAAUAGGAGCGGGGGGAAACACGCGGAGAAACGAGUGGCGAUAGCGAACAUUAAGUGAUCCCCACUGUCAGGUUUCUUUUUUUUUUUGGGACCGAAUUUAUUACCUUCUUCAGCGUUAAUUGGCCAAAUUGUGGCCAAGUGUGGGUACACGGGGCUGUGUGUCACAAUGUCAUCUUUCGCGUCGUCGACGUCCGAAGUAACGAGGAUGAGUAGCGUCACUCGUCUGUUCGCAUUACUCCUGCUGCUCGGUUGCACCAGCGGUCAGCAGAUCACCAAUAAUGACGUACAGCAACAGCAGCUCGAUAUCCUUAGUCCACCGACACCGGCAUCACCGACGACCCAAGCAGAGCGUCAGUUCCGUGUGAUGUACGAGUGGAAUGUGCUGGACUUUGCGUUCGCUACCGAAGAUGAACGAUCGCGGGCACUGUACAGUGGUCGCUACAUUCCAAAGAAUGUGCUGAUCUCGGAUUGUAAACCGCACACGAAUCGGCUUUAUUUGACGAUCCCUCGUAUGCUGCCCGGUGUACCGGCCACACUUGGUUACGUCGUUCGUCCGGAGAACAAUGGACGUACGGAUCCGGAGAUUGUCCCGUAUCCGUCCUGGGAGAUGAACGAACGGGGCAACUGCUCGGCGUUGCAGUUUGUUCAGGGUAUUGCCGUCGAUAAGCACGGGAUCAUGUGGGUCGUGGACUCGGGACGUACUGAAACCCUUAGUCGAGGAGCCGAUCACGUCGUCUGUCCACCGAAGCUUCUGCUACUGGAUCUGAAGCGCAACGGUACGGUGCUACUGCGGUACCAGUUCCCGGAAUCGGUUGUACCGCCCGGUAACAACUACCUAAAUAAGGUCGUCGUAGAUGACGCGUACGGUGGAUUCGCUUACAUCACCGACAACAGUGGAGCCGAUCCGGGCAUUGUCGUGUUCUCGAGGCGGCUCGUGCGCUCCUGGAAAGUCCGAGAGAACAACUCGAUGCGUGCGGCACGGAAUUCGGUCCGUUUCGCCGUCAACGGAACCGAACUGAACUUCUCGAUCCACAUCGACAGUAUCGCACUCGGGCCUUACUACAAUCCUAAUCUCGAAUCGGAUGAUGGCCAUGAUCCGCUGCUCGGAAGUCAGAACUACGAACGUAACGUGUACUACUGCCCGCUGUCCAGUCACCAUAUCUAUUCGCUGCCAGCCUCUCUGUUGCGUGAUCCGGAGUUCAAUGCACGGGCGACACCACGAGACAUCCUCGAGGCCGUCAUCGACUAUGGCGAAAAGUCGUCCCAGACGGAUGGUAUGAUUAUGGACAAUCAGGGUGUACUGUACUACGGGUUGCUCGGUGAGCAUGCCAUCGCUCGCUGGGACACCUACAAACCGUUUACGCCCAAGAAUCAACAGAUCGUGGCCCGGGAUCCGACCUUCAUCCAGUGGGUCGAUAGUAUGGGUUUCGAUCACGAGGGGUACCUGUACGUGACGAUCAAUCGGCUGCAUAACUUUGUCGCCGGUCGGCUUAACCCACUCGAGGUGAACUUCCGCAUACUGCGCGGGAAGACGGCCGGUCUCAGCUACGUCGAGACGCCGGACAAUCUGUUCAACAGUGACGCCAAGUACCUGUACGGCGAUGGUAGCGGUACCGGCGAGUCGUUCGUCGAUAAUGGACUGCGCUUUCAGUCGUACGAGGGUACGACGCCGGCCUCGAGCCGCCUGGCGUCGGCCGGCAUUUUCGGAUCCGCUGGACGUUCGUCCUCAGUAGCGGCAGGUCCCGGUGCGAUAGGAUCCAUUGCACUGCUGUCGUUGCUGGUGUUCGUCGUGAGCACGAUCGGCCUUGCCGGUUGACGUGUUUACAGCGAACGCGCGCGGCAUCGCCCCGGUACCCGGAUGGCCCUUGGAGAUGACGGAGAUGGUCCGAACCGGACUGGUUCGCUUUUCCUGGUAUCAGUAUUGUAUAUAGUGUCUCAAGCUUAAGUGUAAAUACGCGUUGUGUUGCGUCGUUUCAUCGUGAAGGUUCCGACGUUUGACGUUUUUCGAGCGAGAACGCGAAACCGAUUCGGAUCGGACUAAUAAAGUUGGUUUUCCUUUUAAGACAUUAACUUA